AUGCGAUUUUCAAAAAAUCAUAUCUCUGGUCCGGAAAAAGAUAUUUCUAAGCCGUUUUGUGGGAAAUACUCAGAAAAAUAUGCUUUAUCAAAUGGGCUUGUUAAAUUUGUUCCGAAAAAUUUUUCCGAAAAAGUGGGAUUUGGUAUAUCCGGUAGAUCCGGAUUAUCUCGGCCAAUUUUCAUUUUCAUGAAAAAUGCAGAAACAUGUCAACUGAGAUACGAAUUGAGCUUUCGAUUGGUAUAUAGAACGUAUUUUUUGAAUGAAAAAUUAAGAAUUAAGAAAAAAUUUUCGAGCGCUUCCAUACUUUUUUCCACGACUCCAAUUGUUGAACCAGAAUGGGAAGGUUAUAUACGAGAUAUAGCUAAAUUAAUUGUUCAAACUCCAACUCAAAAUGGUUUAUUGGAUAUUCGUAAUCGUUUUUAUGAAUUACUUUGUCGUUGUAUUCCUUCUUCAAUUAUUUUUACGCAUUUAAUUCUUGAAUUAUCAAAAAUUCGAGAUACCUCGCCAAUAUUUCCUUCGAUUGUUUCAACGGCUGCCGAAUAUGAACAUUCAACUCGUUUGGGAAGUAAAGAUAUUAUACAUUUAGAAGCUUUUGUAGCUACCGUUAUGAGUUUAAUUGUUGAAAAAAGAUUGCAGAAAAUUUAA